CGCUGUUGAAACUCAGUUACGCUUUAUCAGCCGAGCAGUAAAGCGAGAUAGGGAGUGGAGGCGCGCGGUUUCGAACUUGUCUUCGUGCCACCUCUGUCCUGUCAACAGCUCGUCGCCGCAUCCCCCGAGCCGCCUCGUCAACGAGCCAUUUCAGUCUAACACGAAACCACCGAACGGGAAAGGAGAACACGAGAGACCCAGCUCUUCGUCGUCCCGACGCAACGCUUCAGACCCGCUUUUUAUUGAUCGUCCCGCUCGAGCCGAAAAGGCCACACUGCUGAAGGGUAGCUCGGGAAUCCCGGAAAUCCGCGAAGAUGGCGAAUGAUAUUUACUACCCCAACUCGGAGCUAGCGAAGAACGCCUAUUGCGGCAGCUUCAAACGCUACAAAGAGAUGCACGAGAAAUCAGUGAAGAAUCCAGCGGAGUUCUGGGGCGAAAUAUCGAAGCAAUUUUAUUGGGAAACACCGGCGCUCGAAGACAAGUUCUUCUCGUAUAAUUUCCAUCUGGGAAAAGGAGACAUUUUCAUUAAAUGGAUGCAAGGCGCAUCAACUAAUAUAAGCUUCAAUUUGUUGGACAAGAACGUCAAGACCGGAAACGGAGAUAAAAUCGCAUUUUACUGGGAGGGCAACGAUCCCGACGAUUAUUCGCGGCUGACUUACAAGAAAUUGCUAGAAGAGGUAUGCAGGUUCGCGAAUGUACUGAAAUCAAAGGGAGUGACGAUGGGCGACCGCGUCGCCAUUUAUAUGCCGAUGAUUUUGGAGCUGCCUAUCGCUAUGCUGGCUUGCACAAGGAUCGGCGCUGUUCAUACUGUGGUGUUCGCAGGUUAUUCAUCGGAUUCCCUGGCCGAGCGUAUUUUGGAUUCAAAGGCGAAGGUUUUGAUUACGACCGACGGCGUAUGGAGAGGAGAGAAACUUCUUUUGUUAAAGGCUAUCUCCGAUGACGCUUUGGAAAGGGUUGCGAAAAAUGGUCACAACGUCGACUGUUGCGUAGUGGUCUCGCACCUGAGGAGGGUUAGCUGUCCGCAGGGAAGCAAAACCGAUGCAACCGGAAAGACAAAUGGUGUGAACGGUACAAGCGAUGGAAAUGGCUUGGCGACACCUCAGAUUCCAUGGGACGAUGACAGAGAUGUUUGGUGGCAUGAAGAAAUGGAGGAAGCCGAAGACAAAUGUUAUCCUGUAUGGAUGGGUGCUGAAGAUCCACUUUUUAUUUUAUACACAAGUGGCUCCACGGGAAAACCGAAAGGCGUACUUCACACCACGGCUGGUUACUUAAUUUAUGCGGCUACAACAUUCAAAUACGUCUUCGAUUACCAUCCUUCUGAUGUUUACUGGUGCACAGCCGAUGUUGGUUGGAUCACUGGCCAUACUUACGUCGUGUAUGGUCCCCUGGCGAACGGAGCCACUUCCGUCAUCUUCGAAGGCACUCCGUUUUACCCGAGCAACGAUCGAUAUUGGUCGGUGAUCGACAAAUAUAAAGUCACGCAAUUUUACACGGCGCCAACUGCAGUCAGAUCGCUCAUGAAGUUUGGGGAUGACUUAGCGAAGAAGCACAAUUUGUCCACUUUAAAGGUGCUUGGUUCAGUUGGAGAGCCAAUUAACCCAGAAGCUUGGCUGUGGUUGUACAAUAUCAUUGGUCAUGGAAAGUGUAGCAUAGUGGACACAUUCUGGCAAACGGAAACCGGAGGUCAUGUGAUCACUCCUUUGCCCGGUGCUACGCCUAUGAAGCCAGGCUCCGCGUCGUUUCCCUUCUUCGGAGUUUUACCGGAACUCUUGGACGAAGAUGGUCGAUUAAUCGAAGGUGAAGGAGAAGGGUAUCUCGUUUUCCGACAACCAUGGCCGGGAAUGAUGAGAUCUCUUUAUGGGAAUCACCAACGCUUCCAAAACACAUACUUCGACCGGUUCCAUGGUUACUAUUGCACGGGUGACGGUGCCAGACGAGACGCCGAUGGUUAUCUAUGGAUAACCGGUCGCAUCGACGACAUGUUGAACGUUUCCGGACACCUGAUGUCCACCGCGGAAGUGGAGAGCGUGUUGACGGAGCACUCAUCGGUAGCUGAAGCAGCAGUAGUCAGUAAACCGCAUCCAGUGAAAGGGCAAUGCCUUUAUUGUUUCGUAACGCCUAACUCAGGCGAGAAAUUCGAUAAGAAGCUCCAAGAUGAGUUGAAGAAGAAAGUACGCGAGAGAAUUGGUCCGUUCGCUCAACCGGACAUCAUCCAGCACGCGCCGGGACUGCCAAAAACGCGAUCGGGCAAGAUUAUGAGACGAAUCCUGAGGAAGAUUGCCGCGGGGGACAGAAAUGUCGGCGACGUCUCCACGUUAGCCGACGAGGGCAUCGUCGACAUUCUUUUCCAGCUGAGGCCGCAAGUUUAGACAGUCCUCUUCGAAAGAAACUUUCUUGAAACGUAGUAAUCUAGCCAAAACAGAAAGAAACAAAAAAAGAGAAAGACCGGUGAGGUUCUUCUUUAGAUCGCAAGAAAAGAUAAACCGAGAGACCGGUACCGUAGGUGAGAAAUUCAGAACGCGCGAUUCGCUGUUCCAGAGAACGAAACUUCCCUUUUAUAUUAGAAUCGUUUACCCUUCUUCGUUGAUAGCCCGAUACUUAUACUGUGCUGCUCAAUCUUCAAAGCUAAGUGUGCAAGAGCAAGGGAAAUUGACCGCAUGCGCCACCUCUUGGUCCUUCCAAGAAACAUGGUAGCCGAAUCUCUGCGCUCGCCAGAUUCGGUAAAUAUAAAAAGUCGCCGCUGCGUAAAAUGAAAUUUGAUGUUACUGUUUUGUUAUAUUUCACUUCCUAAUAUUCUGUUUUGUCUGCUUUCUUCGUCACGCAGUUCGGCUAAUAACGUCAACUAUUGUUGCGAGCAUUCUGAAUGGAAGAGGAGUCUUUGCCCCUGUGACUUUUGGGCUUUUAGGAUUAACUUAAAACGCGAGAGCUGCACAGUAGUGCUAAUUUAUCUAUUUACUUUGUAAGAUGAACAUCGUACGGUAACGGAUACCAUUACGUUUCCACAGUUUGUUGUUUAUAUUCGUUUGACAGCGUUCAACAAUAGACCAUAUUGGUUAUUGCGCUUGCCGAACGAAUUGGGAGCUGCGAAACUGCUAAUUCAAAGCGCGACGCGACACUAAACGAGAUAAUCAACUUAUGAAAGUGCGACAAACAAACGAACGUUAAACGUGUUUACAAUUUUACAUGAAUUGACGUUAAGAAUAAUACCGCAUGGUAUAUAUAUAUACAUAUAUGUUAACCGUUAAUCGCGCACCGAUCGACACAUCAUGUCAAGCGAUAUUUUCUCGGGCGCAGUUCCACUCGAAACGAUUGCACGACGUUUGUCUGCGGGACGAAGAGUUUUAUAAUGACGCACGCCUGACACAUGAGUUUACAAAUGAUUCGUCGAUCGACAUGAAAGUAUCUCGAGAACUUUUGAAGAAUUUAUAAACGCUGUUCCGAUUAGUUGCACUUCCCGGUGUGCAUCUGUUACGGUAAACUCGAUUACUCCGGAAAUUAUACAUAACCGCCCGGCGAUUAUGCGUAAUCGCAAAUAACAUUGGAGAAUAAUUAUACAUAAUCACCGGGGGAUUAUGUGUAACUACCGCUUUAUCAUAUUGCCUGUAACAUAAUCCAUUGUAAACGUACGCGAAGGAACUCCAUUCGUUUUCAUUUGGUCGUGUAGCCGAGUCGUCGAUUUUUUCAGGAUCAUCGUUUCCUUCUUCGAGUUUUGGUCAGCUUGUUCGUUAUCUCGUUAAGUUUUUUCAAUGAUAUUGGAUAAUCGACGGCGUUUGUACAGGUUCAUGCUGGCUCGAUUUAAAUUGUAAGUCGUAAGAACUUAUCGACGGUUUAAUGUACAAAGUUUUGGUCGCGAAAGUACCAUCGUUGAUGGAUAAGACGUAGCGGGACAUAACAUUAGCCUCUUAACCCCUCGACAGGGGUAAACGCAUAUGCAAAACGCGACUGUUCUCCGAUAUCACGGUGUAAUUAUAUUACUAUAAUUUUCGGACGUAUGAUUACAGCCAUGCAAAAGAUUCUGGCGGAAAAUUAUUCUAUAGACACUUUCUAAUAAUAUAUACAUAUAUAUUUUUGUAGAGUUAUGAAGAUUUGAAUGUGCUUAAAAAGUAGUUAAAACGAAUCUAACAUCCAUCAUGCAUAUAUCAAAUUUUUGCAGAAGUUAUUUAGCUGUCUUAAAGAAACUGGAAGAUAUUUGACAAAAUCGAUGUGUGCGUUGUCUGAACACGUUUAAAUAUGUAGCUAUACAGAUUUCGGGAACUUUGCAUGUUUGGCUUCGAGACAUAAGAAUGCUAUUGUGUUUGUCAAACAGAAAUUUUGUAGUCUGCUAUGUCUUAUUCUGAAAUCGUGUAUUUAAAAAUUGUUAAAUAAUGCCGUCGGUGAACGAGCCACGAAAAUGAACCAUCUUGAAAAUCCCGCCAUUAAGUUAAGCAAUGACUAAAAACGGCUACGUGUAUGUACACAGUAUUGCUUUUGUAAUUUCGCGUUUCUGUGUCCCCCUUAACGUCUCGUUUACAUUUCCACUGUUUUGCGACGCUGCGCAGCACCUUAAACAUAUUGUUGAUAAAAAGAAACAGCGGUAAAUAUCUCGCUAUCGAAUGCAAAAACAAAACAGCGUUUACUACUCCUAAAUGUCUUGUUGAACCUGUGAUGUUUCGCGAAAUUACAGAAGCUGUUGUCGUAUUACGAACGUACCUACAUCCGGUCAGCCAAACUUUGACUGCUUGUUACUUAAAAUUAAAGUUAGUGUAAUAUAAAUUUUAUUUCCAAAUAAUGAUUAUUAAUAAUAAUUAUUCGAAGAAUCGGAACGAACGAAAUUUCAAUAACUCUACGCACUUGAUGUCUGACGCAAUAUUUUCUUUGAUCCGGUUGUAAUUACAAGUGAUUAUACAUACCUAUAUAUAUAUAUAAGCAAUAAUGUAAAAUCCUUCGUUGACUAAUUACGUGUUUCAACACGUAUUCGAAGAGCCAUUAAGAGUAAGUUUUGCAAAACAUGCUGAGAAAUGUCUAGCAGCGAGUUAUUUAAUUUUUAGUAAAUUAUAUUUUUUACAGCGGCCGCUAUGCGGUCGAGGAGCGUGACAGACCUAAGUAUACGCACGAUUAUUGACGCACUUUACAUGAAAGUCAGCGUUUCCUGUAAAUUUUUAGAAGGCUGGAUUUAAACAAAACCACACUGCGCUAAGCAGUGUCACAUACAUAUCAUUCCUCGCGGAACAAAUCAACUAUAGGUGUGAUAAUGAUAUAUAUAUAUAUAUAUAUAUAUAUAUAUAUAUAUAUAU